AUGGUCGUCACCACCAUCUUUGGCCUCCUCGAGUCCCUGCACAUGCCGUUUGGACUCCGCAACACCUCCCAGACCUUUCAGAGGUUCGUAGACAGAGUGCCUUGCGGCCUACCACUUGUCUACACCAAUAUCGACGCUCUUUCGGUGGCAAGCUGCAUUGUCGAAGACCUCCUGGAGCAUCGGUGUGUCUUCCCUCGAAUUUAUCGGACAUCUGGUUGAUUCCAACAGCAUCCAUCGUCUUCCAUCGCAGGUUGUGGCUAUACGUGUUUUCUACCUCCCUCGUCCAAAAGUCAGCUGCAGCGAUUUCUGUGCAUGGGUAAUUUCUACCGCCGGUUCCUUGCGCACCGCGCCGACACCAUCCUGCCGCUGACGAGCCUGGUCUCGGGUCCCAACGGUUUGUUCGAGUUGUCUGCAGACUCCCUCGCUGCUUUUGACAAGGGGAAAGCUGAGCUGGCCGAGGACACCCUCCUGACGCAUUUUUCUCCCGAUGCUCCCAUCUCCCUCAUGGUUGGCGCUUCCAAUGUUGUAGUAGGCGCUGUUCUCCAACAGCACCUUACAGAUCACACUCAACCCUUAGCCUCCUUCUCUAGGAAUUUAUCAACUGCCAAGAUCCGCGAUGCACAUUCGGACAAGAGCUGCUAGCUGGUUUCCUUACCGUGAAACACUUCCGGUGCUUUCUUGGGGGCAGGGACCUCACUGUGUUCACGGAUAACAGAACCGUAAGUAGAAGGGGACAGUAUUCGCACUCCAAGAUCAUAAAUGUGGAUUUGCCAGGCGGAUGACACCUUUGUAACCACAAAGGACGACUAGUCUGUAGAACCUCAUAUAAGACCGAAUAGUUUCAUCUCUGCUGCUUGUAGUACAGCCAAACAUUUCAGCCCAUCAUGAUCCUCAGAAUGGGCUAAAUUAAAUACCGAACACGGAUAUCGCUUCUGCUGUAGUUUGUGAGAUCUGCAUGUUCAGAUACAACCGCAAGUCAUCAUUUCCUAACUCGGUCCAUACAGAGCUUAACGAGAAGAACAUCGUAGAUUUCCUUCAGCUCGGUUUUGAGCUUUGGGUCCUCCUGAACUGGCUGUUGAGCGCACUUGGUUACCGACGGCUUUCAGGCCGGAAGCGGACAUUCCACGUUCUCUUACUGUGUCCGUAGCAUUCAUGACUCUGAAAUGACUAAGUUACAACGGUUAUAUGGAGUCUGCAAACUAUGCUGUUUAGGUACUGGCCUAGUGGAUGUCCUACAUACAGGCGUUUAUGGACGCAACUCUACCAAUCUGAUUCUGAGAAGUCAACUUGAAGCAGUGUAGCAGAUUGGUGAUGACGCUAUGCAAACUACCGUGAUUGGUUAGCGACGACCUGGCGACAACGAAAAAUUUAAGCUUUUAAAUUUUGUGACCCUGUCUGUCUACCUGUUGACGUAACUUCUGCAACGGCGACAAUGGUCUUGGUUUUCUUCAUCAACUCUGUUUUAAAAGCCACUCAUUGUGUGUCGUAAUGAGCGAGCUAAGGCUUUCGUACAUCCGGCAUUUCUGUGUUCCUUCUUAAUGCAUCUGGAGCAGCACGCCUCCUCCCUCCCUCCCCCAUGCUAUUUACUCGAGACAAUUGGUUGAAUCAUGAAGUCGGUCAAUCCGGCAAAUGAACUGCAAAUUAAUAAUCCUGGCAUACAUGCCGAAAGUUAAUUCGAACAUCUCCAACCUUUCUGCCAAUCCUUUAUGAUAUCGUCAUGCGGUGUAGUUACUCAACUUCCUUCAAAACUCCGACCAGUGGUCUUCACUUCCGCAUAAGUUGCUACAUACUCUGUCAUUAUAAAAUUGGUUGGGAUUAGUCCUACAGUCUCAGUAAAAAGUAAGAAACCAAGGACGUCUGUUAUACGCGAAUGGUGCUAAAAGGGGUUUUACGAGUUUAAAAAUGAUUCAGUGGACAAACAUUAGGAGAUCCGUCAAGUGGGGCUGCAGGACCAAACAUCAUCGCCACUUUUUCUGAACACCCGUCGAAGAUACUGAAAUUCGACAACCUUGUCAUUUGGUUCCCUGAAGCUGCGUUUGUGGUUGAUUUGGUGGGCUCUGCUGAAGUUCAGUACUUGCGUCGUAUUUGUCACUUUCAUGAACACCGGUCUUUAGUCCACCACAAUAUUAGCGGCAGACAAGGACAUCGUGGAGGGCCAGCUGGUUGUUUUCGUCUUCCCGCAUCGUAAAUUAUAUGUCCAGGAAGACACUAUUGAGACGCUUUUUGGAUGGAAUUAGGGUCUGUAAUGUUGAAAGACCAGCUCCCCUGACCAUUGUGGGACAGCCUCAGCUAUGAAUUCCCAAAUUGCCGAACCCAUUGGUUUCCCUUCACCUGCCCGUAGGUUGUUCCGGAAAACGUUAAAUACGUCCUGAGACAGAACUUCAGAAGCUGGAGGACGUUGAUGUGUCCAGGACGAUUCUCCAUUUCGUCGUACUUACUUUGAAAGAGUAGUCCGACGAUCUCGACUGUCAGAUACUGUGGAAUAGAAGUAAAGAUGGACGUGACAUCGAAAGAUACCAUGAACCAUUCAAUGCAACGCCUCCACCACUUCCAACCGUUCCUUUGUUCCGCCAUCCCUCGGCCGCAAAUUCUUCUCUUCCCUGCACAACUUUUCUCACCCUGGGAGUCGAGCCACCGACAAACUGGUUUCUUUCCGCUUUGUCUAGCCUCGGAUGCAAAAGGAAUUCAGAGCAUGGACACGGGGGUGUCUCGAAUGUCUGCGGAGUAAGCUCCAACGGCACAACAAAGAUCCCAUCGGCACCCCCUCCCACUCCGGAUGCACGGUUCAGUCAUGUCAAUCAGGAUAUCGUAGGCCUCCUGCCUCUGUCCGAUGGCUGUUCCGAUUGCCUCACCAGUGUGUGUCGAUUUACCCGGGGGCCUGAAGCUAUUCCUCUUCCUGACAUUGCUGCUCCAACGGUGGUCAAGGCCUUCCUCAGUCUUCGGCUUGCCAUCCUCAUGACUGACCGUGGUACACGACUUGAAUCUAAACUUUUUCAGUUUCUUCUCUCCUUUCUACACUGUCCUCGCACCCGCACUGCGGCCUACCACCCGGCAGCCAACGGGAUGCUUGAGCGGUUUCACCGUCAGCUGAAGGCCUCCUUACGCGCCGUAGAUGGUCUGGAGAACUGGAUGGACCAUAUACCCCUGGUCCUGUUCGGCAUUCACUCUUCCCUCAAAUCGGACCUUGACUGUUCCGCUGUUGAACUCGUGUGCGGUGUCAACGUCCGACUUCCGGUCAGAUGA